AAGUUGAAGUAGUUUUUUUAUUUUAUUUUCUGUUAUCAUUUGGCGCGCAGUAGGAAAUUUGUUUCAACUCUCAUUUUCAGUUUCAGUUUUAAUUUUUACGAACAAGUGCCUUUGGAGUAAAAUAUUAGUUAUUGCAAUUUCUUUUCUAUCAUUCCAUAAGAUUUUAUAAUUUAUCUUAGGUCCCUUAUUUUUCCACAAUCAGGAUGCCUCCAAAAUCGGUACGUGGUCGUAAAAAGGUAACUACUAUUGAGGUAAUGCAAAAUGGAAGUGAAACAAACAUGAAAUCUGAAGAAGUGAAUAAAAAUUAUCAAAACCUGAAUCAUAAUAAUUUAAACAAAUUGAGUGAUAAAAAAUCAAAUGAAAAUCAUAAUAUUAAUAUACCUACAGAAGAUAAUAAAUCUAAUGGACAUCUUCAGAAUCUGAAUGAAUCUUCAGAAACUGUGGAAGAAACAGCUAAUAGUUCUGAUGGUUCUAAAGCUAUAAGUGUUUUAGUUAGUAAUAAGCUAAUGGAAACAGAAAACGCAAAAGAAGUAACUAAUGAUGAUAUAGAAAAUGACACUAAUCUGAAAGGUAAAGUAGCUCCUCUGAAACGUGGUAGGAAGAAAGCUGAUGUUCCUGCUGAAAAUGUUCCAGUGGCUACUGAAACAAUUGAAUCAGUUCCUGUAGUUGAUAAAAGUAACGAAAAAUCUCUCGCAAAACAGAAUCUUGAAAUUGUUACUACUGAGUCAUCUAAAUCAAAUACUUCUGGAAAAAGUAAAUCUGAAUUCAUCAGUGAUAAAGACAAAACAGAACCUGAUAAAGUCGAGAGUUCUGAUGAUAAAAACGAAGUUGAAGAGAAAAAAGUUCCUUUGAAACGUGGCCGGCCAAAGAAAAAUGGUAAAAAUGCAUCUGAUAAAAAACUUCAAGCUAAAGAAGAAAUUUCUUCCAAGCGUGGACAAGGAAAAGCUAAUAUGGAAAAUAUUAAGGAACCAGAUGAAGAUAUUCAAAACGAACAGCUGCAGUCUGAACAAAAAGUUCCAUCGAAGAGUGGGCAAGGAAAAGCCAUUACUGAAAAGAUUAAAGAAGAACCAGGUGAAGACAUUCAGAACGAACAGCUGCAGGCUGAACAAAAAGUUCCAUCGAAGCGUGGGCAAGGAAAAGCCAUUACUGAGAAGAUUAAAGAAGAACCAGGUGAAGAUAUUCAGAACGAACAGCUGCAGGCUGAACAAAAAGUUCCAUCGAAGCGUGGGCAAAGAAAAGUCAUUACUGAGAAGAUUAAAGAAGAACCAGGUGAAGAUAUUCAGAACGAGCAGCUGCAGGCUGAACAAAAAGUUCCAUCGAAGCGUGGGCAAAGAAAAGCCAAUAAUGACAAGAUUAAAGAAGAAUCAGUUGAAGACAAUCAGAAUCAACAACUCCAAGGUGAUGAAAAAGCUCCAUUGAAACGUACAAAAAAGAAAGCUAACCCAUUAGAAUCUGAUAAAUCUUCCGAUUUAGAAAAAAUUGAUUUUGAUGAAGAAGCAUCUAAAGAAAUACCUAGUGAAGAGCAUCAAACUGGAGAUAAAGUCCCAUCCAAGCGUGGACGAAAGAAAGCAAAUGUUCUAUCAUGCCAUAAAUCUUCUGGGUUAGAAAAAAUGGAAGAAGAGUCAAGUGACGUAAAUAUUCCUAGCAAAGAAUCAAACGUGCCUUCUAAACGUGGUAGGAGGAAAGCUAAUCAAAAAGAUACUGUUCAAGACUUCUGUAAUAAAGAAUCUAAUGUAGAUUCUAGUGAGCCUAGUCAAGAUAUGGUUAAAAAGGAAAAUUCGAAAAUUGAUGUUAAAGAUGAAAAACAAGAAGCUUCUUUGCAGGUGAAAAAUCUUCCAUCCAUUGAGCGUAAAAGGAAAACCUCUGCAGAAGAAAAAAACAAACAUGAAGCCAAAGUCUUAAAAGUGACACUUCAACGGGAUGCAACUCUUGAUAAAAUGGUAAGUGAAGAACAAACAAAAGUGACCCAAAAAGGUGGAACCAAAAACAUAAAAUCUGGUGGUAAAAGAUCGAAAGAAGGUGACUCCAAAGAGAGUGGUGAAAGAUCCCCAAAAAUGCCUAAGGGUGAACCCAAGUCCAAAGGCCAGUCUAAAAAAGACAAAAUGCCUGAUGUCACAUUAAUUGAUUUUGGCAAUAGUUCCACUUCUCCAUCUGGAAAACCCUGGAACCUUAAAAUAUCAUCUUGGAAUGUAAACGGUAUUAGAGCUUGGAUAGAGAAGAAUGGUCUAGCCUAUGUUACACAUGAAAAUCCUGAUAUUGUUACUUUUCAAGAAACUAAAUGUUCUGAAAAAAUGUUGCCAAAGGAGGUUAACGUUCCGAACUAUCACUCAUACUGGCUGGCUGGUGAUAAAGACGGUUAUUCUGGAGUUGGUUUAUUGAGUAAGAAGAAGCCUGUUUCUGUCAACUAUGGAAUAGGAGUUGAAGAACAUGACAAAGAGGGUCGUGUGAUCACUGCUGAAUAUGAAGCAUUUUACCUUGUGGCAGCUUAUGUACCUAAUGCCGGAAGAAAAUUGGUCCGUUUAGAUUACAGAAUGCAGUGGGAUAAGGAUUUUUGCACCUAUAUCAAGAACUUGGAUGAAAAAAAACCAGUUGUCCUUUGUGGUGACUUAAAUGUUGCUCAUGAAGAAAUAGAUCUUGCAAAUCCAAAGAAUAAUAAGAAAAAUGCUGGUUUCACUAAAGAGGAAAGAGAAGGUUUUUCUGCCCUGUUGUCUGAAGGCUUCAUUGAUUCAUUUCGCCAUUUAUAUCCUGAUGCAGGGGAUGCCUACACUUUCUGGACAUAUAUGGCGAAUGCACGUGCAAAAAAUGUUGGAUGGAGAUUAGAUUAUUUUGUUUUGUCCAAGAAGUUAACUGAUCAUCUCUGUGAUAACGUCAUUAGAAAAGAUGUUUUUGGAAGUGACCAUUGUCCCAUUACCUUAUUUUUAUCUCUUUAAAUAUCUACUCAUUUCAUUUUUGUCUGUAUUUUGAUUCAUUUUGUCAAAAUUAUCACCAUCUGUGAUUGUGUUUAAUAAAAAAAAAAUUCCUUUUUAUGCUGCAUUUCAU